CUUACCCGAACUCCGCGGCGGUUCUGCGGGUCGGAGUUGCGAAGCCGCCCGGCCUUCGGCUCUUGUCUGGGAGGAUGGAUUCAGGACCCGGGACCGACACGGCGCCGCUGACUGGCCUGGCCUGGUCGACGGCCUCGGCGCCUCCCCCGCGGGGAUUCAGUGCGAUCUCCUGCACCGUAGAAGGGACGCCCGCCAGCUUCGGCAAGAGCUUCGCGCAGAAAUCUGGCUAUUUUCUGUGCCUCAGUUCUUUGGGCAGCCUAGAGAAUCCGCAGGAGAAUGUGGUGACCGAUAUCCAGGUCCUGGUGGACAAGAGCCCCCUCCCACCGGGCUUUUCCCCGGUCUGCGACCCCCUGGACUCCAAGGCCUCUGUGUCCAAGAAGAAACGCAUGUGUGUGAAGCUCGUGCCCCUGGGGGCUGCAGACAUGGCUGUGUUCGAUGUCCGGCUGAGCGGGAAGACCAAGACGGUGCCUGGAUACCUGCGAGUAGGGGACAUGGGGGGCUUUGCCAUUUGGUGCAGGAAGGCCAAGGCCCCAAGGCCAGUGCCCAAGCCCCGAGCUCUCAGCCAGGACAUGCGGGGCCUCUCCCUGGACCCACCUGCCCAGCCCAGUAAGGGUGGCUUUCCAGAGCGGACCCUGUCCAGGUUAGGCUCUCGGGCAUCUACACUGCGGCGGAGCGACUCCAUCUACGAGGCCUCCAACCUCUAUGGCAUCUCAGCCAUGGAUGGUGUUCCCUUCACCCUGCACCCCCGGUUUGAGGGCAAGAGCUGUGGCCCCCUGGCCUUCUCUGCCUUUGCUGAUCUGACAAUCAAGUCGCUGGCGGAUAUUGAAGAGGAGUAUAACUACGGCUUCAUGGUAGAGAAGACUGCAGCCGCACGCCUGCCCCCCAGCGUCUCGUAGCUCUCGGUCAACCCCGGGACAGAGCGCCCCCACCCGCCACCCCGGGACCGGCCGCCAUCCUACCCCACAGCAUCUUGGGAAUCUUGGCAGGGCAGGGCCUUCUAGACCCUCAGCCAUCCAGGGGAGCCACAGCCCUGGAGAAGGAGCAAGACCGGUCUGCUUGGUGAUGGGGUCUCUCGCCCCCUGGGCCCUACAGGGCAGGUGUGGGGGCUGGACGGAAACCAGUGCCUUCAAGUCAUUUGUGUCAAAACUCUCUGGUGCCUGGAGGCCACGCAGGCGUCCUCCUGGCAAUAAACACUACCCUGUGCCCAC